AAUCCCAUACCUUCAGUUGAAUCAAGAUGCAGUCUGACCCAGCUCUUUUGGCCUUUUUUCUACUGCUGCUGCCCCUGGUGCUUCCAGGACAGCCUCAGCUGGUGAGAAGUGUAUUAAACUCUAUGGAUGAGAGUGGCAGUUUCCAGUGUGUGGUCCAUCUACCCAACAGCUCUAUCUUCCUGCAGCAGCUGGAACAUCUGCAGAGUACAUUACAAAAGCUCAUUGGCAAGUAUGAACAAGAGCUGUUCAGGGCCAAGGAGUAUGUACAUGUCAUUGAAGAUCAAGACAGCCAGACUCUAGAACUGAGUCACAUGCUGGAGUCUAGGAAUCCUGGUGUCACUGUGUCUCAAUAUGACAACCCAGCCUUCAACCUGUUACGCCUGGAGCUAGAAGGAGCACAGGAGUUGGCAUCCCAGCUUAAGGCCAACGGAGGUGUCAGUGGGGCCUUGGACCUCCUCCAUCAACUCCAGGACCGGGUGACCAAUGCCAGUCUGACCCUGAAACUUCUGCUUGACUCUGACCGACAAAGCUUCCAUGCCCUCCGAGAGGAAGUGGACAUCCUUGAGGGCCAGCUAAGUGAGUGCGAGAGGGAAAAGGAACAGGAACAGUCCUCUAGACAUCCUGGUCCACCCCUGGCUCCUGGUUCCUGUGCUCAUAGAGGCCUGCAGAAAGUGAGCAGACCCCUUGUGGUAAAGCUCAAUUGGAGGGGUUUAUCACAUAAGGCAGGUGCCUGGGGUCGUGAUUCAGCACCCAAUCCAGCUUCUUCCCUUUACUGGGUGGCCCCUCUGCGUGCUGAUGGCAGGUACUUUGACUACUGUAGGCUGCACAAAUCUUAUGAUGACCUGGUGCUGCUGAAGCACUAUGAACAGUGGAAGAUUGGCUAUGGUGAUGGCAGUGGCAAUACUGUGUACAAGAACUUUAUGUACUUUAACUACUAUGGCACAAGAGACAUGGCCAAGGUGGACCUUUCUUCCAACACCCUAGUGCUGCGACGUUCAUUGCCUGGUGCCACCUACAACAACCGCUUUUCAUAUGCUUGUGUGCCUUGGACUGACAUAGAUUUUGCUGGUGAUGAGAAGGGACUGUGGGUGUUCUAUGCCACAGAGGAGAGCAAAGGCAAUCUGGUUGUAAGUCUUCUCAAUGAUAGCACCCUAGAAGUUGAGCAAACCUGGUAUACUAGCCAGUAUAAGCCUGCUCUUUCAGGGGCCUUCAUGGCCUGUGGGGUGCUCUAUGCUUUGCGCUCACUAAGCACUCGUCAAGAGGAAAUAUUUUAUGCUUAUGACACGACCACAGGGCAGGAACACCAUCUCAACAUCCUGUUGGACAAGAUGCUGGAAACUCUGCAUGGCAUCAAUUACUGCCCUUGGGAUCACAGACUCUAUGUUUAUAAUGAUGGAUUCUUAAUACAUUAUGAUCUCACCUUCCUAACACUAAAGCAAAAGCUAUCAAGCUCUCCCAUGAAAAGGCCUUCUGGGGCUUCAGCUCCAUCCAAACCCGUCAAGUCCAGCAAGCAUCCAGAACAGGAGACUCCAUGACUCACCAGGGUCCUAUUAGAAAUAUGUUCUCUUCCUCCCCUAUAGAAGGACAACUCCCUUAAUAACUGUCCACUCAAAUGAUUGAAGUACACUGAUUAAUUUUGUUUUAUAUGUAAUCACUAUCUCAGUCAACACAUUAAGGUUCUAAUAAUAAUGGCCUACAAGGAUUUGAUUAAGAAACAAAAUACAUUGUUAGCUAAGAAGGUAGCUGAGUGCUGAAUCAUGUGUUUAGCAUAUACUAGGCCUUAGAUUUAAUGCUUAGCACAAUAGGUAUGAAGAAAACUCAUUAUUCAAUCCUUAGCACUAAAAAAAAAAAACCAAAAAACAAAACUAUUAGGUAGAGCAAUGUUGCCCUCUUUAUUUUAUUUUUUCCUGAUGCUUGGUCAUCAUGCUUUAAAACUUAUCAGGAUAGAACCUAGAAUUCUAGGAUCAUGUGACCUUUAGUACUCAGGGUUGAGUGCAUCUGGCUUCAGCACUGAAGAUCCAUGGAAGCUGGUAUUGAGAGUGGGGUACAGAAGUUUCCUCUUGGAUCUCCAUACUCCUAAAAGGUUCUACAGAGAAGAGAGUCAGAAUCUUGGUCUGAAGAUAAAUUCCUCACUGCCCUCAACCGGUCUUAGAGUAGAAUUGGAAGAGGCACUUGGGUCUGACUGUGUUCCAGGAUGUCAGUCAGGAUUCGUAUCAUGGGAUAUGGAUGGGACUGUGUCUGGAGACAUUCUCAAUAAAGACUUCUUGGUAUGAUUGCA